CUAUGCCACAGCUCUCGAUUGGUUCACAAUUAUGUGUUUCCUAUUCGUUGUAUUCACAUUAUUGGAGUUUGCUGGAGUACACUUCUUCACCAAAGUGGGCACCGGAGAGGUACCUUUCGUGGAGAUCGAUGAGGACUGGGCUCAAGAGAAGUAUGACGACGACUACGACAAUCCACUGCAUAUAAUAGCGCCGCCGAAAGCUUAUCAAACCGAUGAGAAAAAGGUU